AUGAUUUGUGCAAUUGUUUUAUCAUCGAAUAAAUCAUACAGCCAGUUGGUUUUAUUAACUCUGAUUUACCUAUGUGUUCCAGUGAAAGCGAAAUUGCCAAUAUUAUUUCCUCCUACAGCCCCAACGAGAGUGCAGUGGAUUGCAGGUAUCGGUAUACCAUUGGACAAUUUGCGUUUCGAAGCCAUGACCUCUGGUUAUGUGCUCAAGGCUGAAUACUUUCUACCUUCGACCGUGGAACAAUUAAAAACCAAAAGCCAGUUGCCAAUAACAGUCAGAAAACUGGAUACCCCAACGAAAUUUGAGCAAUUCUUUGUGGACGACGAUGCGUUAUUGACAAAUGCCACCAAAAGUGAGGAUUUUUUACAACAUCACAAGCAUGUCCGCAGCAGCUACCGAUGGACGGUGUACAAAGGCUUGGAGGGAUUGGCAACAAGAAUGGGUUUGUCUGGACGAGAUUGUAUGCUAAAGAGUAUUUGUGAAGCGGCCGAAAACCCUUUCCACCACUACAAUGGUCUAUUCGGGGAGCUGCUGCACAUAUUAUUGACGCCGUCAGCCUCAAAAGAUGAACUCUCAACCCAUUCGGACAAUGAAUACUUUCAAGCUGAGAGCAUUGGACGUUCUGGUGCCAAAUGUGGUCAAGUGUUCAGUACCUGCGCACGAUCCUUGUUGGAACAUUUUACAGAUUUUCCGCAAUUAUCACACAACAUAAUGUCAUUGAUAGGACUGGAAAUUAGCAAAAAUUAUACCGAUACCAAGACAGAAUUCAGACGUUCGUCCGAUUGUUAUCCUGUCGUUUUUUCACAAGUUUUGGAGCGUAUUAUGAAUACUCAAAGUGAUACCUUUCUGCAUUUGAAAGAGCCUUUGACUGAUAGACAAUCUGGAUUUCGAUCAAAAAGAAACUGUUCCACUGUUCUAAUUGGCGUCGUGGAAGAGUUUAAGCAAAAUAUAGAUGAUAAUAAUAUGGUAUCAUUUCUGGUUCUACUAGACCAAGUAAAGCCUUUGACAGAGUGA